CCUAAAAAGCGUUGCCGAGUUAGCCGAGUGAAGAAUGCGCGUGGUUUCUUGUGUUUUCGGACGGCCCCGUUUAAUUUGACCGCACCCACCCUGCUAGUCGCGUUUGCGGGAGCAACGUAACACAGCUUUCGCCUUCGCAAACGUAACCCGUUAUAUUCCGUGCGUGCGUGUGUGCGCAUCAACUUCACCGCCGUCGCAGCCUCCCCUCCCCACGCCAUGCCCCCCGUGUUCAGGCGAGGAUCGCUGAUGGACGUCGUCCUGCGUCAAUCAUCGUCGGCGGCUGUGCUCAGUGAUGAUGAGGCGUCACCGCCCGUCAGCGACGGCUCGCGAAACCUGUGAGAGCCGGCGUCACGGUGUCUGACGCGCCCGCUUAGUUGACUUGUCGUUUUUUUUCUCUCUCUUCAUCACCGUUGGUACCAUUUCGGAACUUUGUUGAUUUUCCUUCUCACCAUGGAUCAGACGGAGAAGAACGUUCAGACGCUGUACAGCAUGGGAUUCGUGGACAUCGAGGAGAUCAGGAACGCGCUUCGCAUCAGCAACAACGACCUGAGCGAGGCGGUGGCCAUACUGACCAACGAUCAGGUGCGGUACGGGCCGUACACCAGCGCUGGCACGUCCGAGGACGUCGAGAUGAAAGACGUCACGUCGACCGCGCUCGUGCCCACGGCAGCCCCGCCUCCCUACAAUUCGCUACCGGACGCCAAGCCGUGCUCUCCCAAGCCGGACUAUGGAAACCCGGCGUUUCCCCAGGCAAACCUGUACGAGCUGGAGCAGCGUGUGUUUGUGGACCAGUGGUCCAUCCCGUACAAGAAGGACGAGUCCCUCGCCAAGUGCCUCAUUGCAGCUACAAACCUGGCCAAAGAAGGACAAUGUGAAUCAAACUCCGACUGUAGGAACUUCAUGGAGUCAUGCAUGCCCGAGUGCUUUCGCAAGCUCCUAACUGCACUUGCAGUCCGCAACUGGCAGCCAGAUGUUCAGGAAGGUGUCUACAACAUGCUCAUGCUACUUAUCGACCUGACUGUUGAGCGUCUUGGCUACAACCCCGUCCCCGAGAAGCUUCUUUCUAAUGUGCUCACUAUGGCCUUCGAUCCCGAGGCCGAGUUUCAUAUCAAGAACAAAAGCCGCCAAAGCACGCUAGAGCAAGGUCUCGUAGUCUAUGCAAAGUCAAGGGGAUCCCUGGAUCCUUAUGGUUGGCUUUUGGAUGUCAUUAACAAGUUCGGGAGUCGUGGUGGCUUCGACAAAAUACUGGCCAAAUUUGGAGAAAACCUGACUGCAAAUGAGAUGGCUGCUCUGCUGAAUCCUCUGGCCGUGUGUGCCCAGUUCCUCAACCCAGACACAACGUGCACCCUUCUUUCGCCCUGCAUGAAUAAGGCCAUCAGCUACAUCAAGGGGCUCACGGACGACGACCUCAAAAACAAGAACAUUGGUUCAGUGACUGAGCUCCUGAAGGCCGUGAAGAUGCUUUGCGUCUACCUGUGGCCGCAAGAGAUUGCGAGCACGAGUACGCUGUGCCUCGAUGUCAUCCUGCGCAUGCUCAAGUGCUCGCACUUCAAUGCUCGCAUGAACGGUCUCAAGGAGUUAAUCAAGCUCAUUGACGACUGCUCAGCAACAGGUGCAUCAUCAAAGGCAGCCAUCGAUGCUGAACAGCUUCAGAAUUGGAUGGCAGAAAACAACGUCCUCUCCAUCACACUUGAGAGCAACAUAGAUCAGGCUCAGUACAUGGACAAGAUAAAGAGUAUAAUUGAGUUUGUUGGGCAGCGACUUUCCAUCGAGGAACUGACAAAGAUCUGGUCCAUGCAGGACCGGCAGAACUGCCAGGUGGUGGACAACAUUCACGGCAUCAUGGCAGCCGCGUCGACAAAGUUCAGCCAACAGCAGUUCGACCAUCUGAUUACCCUCAUCAGCAAGGCAUGGAGGGGCAGCAGCGACAUCACGUGGCGACGCCUUCUCACCUUCAUUGGCAAGCUUGGCAAGGAGAGCAAUCAAGGAAAGGUCUCCACCAAGCUGCUCGACCUACUGUGGGAGCUCUUGCACCUCAACUCACUUCCCCAGGCCCACGUUGAGCAGUUUGUCGAGGAGUUCUUCAGCAUCCUGUCGGAGAUGGGCAACAGGGACAGUGCAAAGCGCCAGUACGUUGCUCGCUGCGUUGACGACAUCAAGAAGAACAUGUGCGUUAUUCCUGCUCUGAAAAUGUUGAGGCACAUCAGUGGAGCCAAGGGAUCAGCGGGUAGCAAAGGUCCACCUUACAAGCAAGACAAGUUCAUCUUCACUGAGCUGAACAGGAGCCACGAAGUUGUCAAGCUGGUCUCAACCAGCCUGGCGACGUGCCACCGCGAUGCGGUGAAACUGGCCAACGGCAAGUCAGUACUGCCCCUCGUGCUGGUCGAUGGCAUCUACUCGCAUCAGGAGCACGUCAUGACACACCUAGAAUUCCUCCAGUUCCUUCUGAAGGAUGGAUCCCAGUACCUGCCUUGGAAUCGGGCCAAGGAAAUCUGGGACACGCUAGUCACCAACCCCGACGCCUGUAGCUCAGACCGAGAGAUGUGCUUCGAGUGGUUUGAAAAGUGCCUUCCAGACCUUGAGCCUGACACCCAGUCACUGCUGUUUCAACACAAGUUGCUCAAGAUGGACCCCUCCCAAGUCAGCUCGAAAGCAUUUUCAUGUUUCAAGACCUACUUUGAGCACGUCAACAUCCACGAGAGUAAGCUCAAGAAGCGACCUGGUGUCUUGAUAGUGGAGAAGCUGGAACUGUCAGGGAUCGACUUUCUGUGGCAGAUUUCGCUGGCCGCGCCCGAGGAGGAGAUUGCCGAGAUGGCCAUCGACUUCAUCCUCGACCUCUCCUACAAGUUCCUCUCCCCUAGGCUCAAAAAGGACGUUGUAUCUCUUCAUCAUCGCUUCAUCAACGAGUGCUACAACAGGCUGAAGGCAGUGGCUGAAACCAUUGGGGACACUGCCAUGACGACUGCCGUUUCCAAUGCCACCAAGACAUUGACCGCAAUGGCGGUGUCAGAGGCCAUCUCCCUGUCCCUGCCAAAACGAACAAACCGGUCGCAAAACAUCUGCCGUCUAUUACACCUGGCGGAGCGGUACAUCUCGUCCAUCGAGGGCCAGCACUCGGUGCCGAGGGUCAUUCUGCCUCACGGCGCGUCUUUCUACGGCUUUCCCGUCACCCUGUGCAUCGUCAGCGACACCAUCAAGGACAGCGUCAAGAUACGGUGCCACAGCAAUGCCACUGUGGGCUCCAUGAAGGAGAAAGUGGCCCGGCUGUUCAAGCAGAUCCCUAGCAACCUUCAGAUCUCCAUGGACGACAUUCCGCUUCCAAGCACAGAGGACCAGAAGAGGUUGUCACAGUACAAACUCAAGGACAACCAGAAGAUCCACGUGAAGGUCAUCGGUAGUGGACUGAUCCUGCCAUCCGAAAUAGAGGAGGACACGGUUGUUCCACCAGCGACGUCUCAAGUGUCUACGAUGGCAGCCGCAACCGCCUCUCCCUCGGCUGGUCAGCAGCCAUCGUUUUACUUGGAACAGGAGAAGCAGCUUCCCGGUGUGGUCAUUUCAAGUGGCGGCAACGUGUUCGAGAUGUUGUACCAGCUAGCGAGCAUGGACGAUCCAAGGAUUGCCGAACAGGUUCAGACACUGCUGCACCUGAUUCCUCCCGACCCUGCGGUGAUCGACGCACUCGACCAAAUCUGCAUGAAGUCAUCCCCGGCAGCGCCACCAGUGCCACCUCCCAGGCUGUCGGGCAGCCCCAAGAAGAGUGGCUCCCCAGCACCAAGGGAGAAGACACCAGUUGAAGGGUCGGACGUCGUGCUUCGCAGGUUGCUCGACCCAAACGGGAGAAACCCCUUUCGCCUACUGUACAAUCUACAGGUGCUGAGUGCACGGCUGAUGCCGACCAACCAGGACGCUUGCUCCAACGUGUUCUGUGAGAACUUCCUCCAGGCAGGUGGUCUUUCUCACGUGCUUCGCGUGCUGCACAGGGACGGCCUUCCCCAGGACGUGGACUACGCCGUGCGCCAGGGCAUCUACUUCACUGCUCUGCAGAUAACUAGGUUCCUAAUUUGUGGCCAGAACGUCCCGCAUGCUCUGCAAAGUUCGUCCAUAUCAUCCGUGUCGACUACCUGUGGCGCGCCAUCGCCCGUGAAGCCUACUACACCAAAGAAGCUACAGGUGGACCUGGUCCGAAUGACCCCCAUUUCAACGAUGACACCCAUCAUCAAGACGAUGAGCCGUGCCUUGCUCGAGGAGGUUGUGGACUCGCUGGUGCGUGUGGCGUGGGCAGCCGCGGCAGGUCAGCUACGCCUGACCAACUCACCGUUGCCCACACGGGAGGGCACCCACUUUGCAGUCACGACAGCAGGGAGGCGAAGCCGCCAGAGCAGCACAGUGCUACAAGCAGCGGUCAGCGACGGUGAGAAUUCGCUCGGUCUUCACGGUGGCAUCUGCGUCAGCCAGGACACGGUGGAUCGCAAGGACGCCCUCCUGGCGCAGGAGGCCCUCAGCUUCCUGUUCUCUUGCCUGGAACUCAGGGAGGACGUUUCGGCCUGGUUCUGUGAGUUGCCCUGUGUGCGUGACUUCGUGCUGGACGUGCUGCUGGGCUGCGGCAGCGAGGAAGUGCGGUGUGCGGCGCGCGACGGUCUGCACCGGCUGAGCCGCACGGUCGGCCAGACGCCCCUGCGGCCGUUCCUGCUGCAGCUGCUGCUCAAGGCGCACCUGCCGCUUUGGGUGCCAUCAAGCUACACCCGAGGCUCUAACCAGAGGUUGCUUGGGCAAUGUGUCGAGUACUUUGACCUUGCCUGCCGCCUCCUGGCCGACUCCAAAGGCAAUCACACUCGCGCGAAUCUCGUGGUUGCCCCUCUCGCAGGUGACGCACCCGUGGACGUCGCACAGAUGCUCGAGGACGAGAUUGCCUGGCUGCACAGUUUCUCGCCGUCCGACAGCCCGCACGACCGUAGCAUGGACGCCACGCUCAUGACGGGCCACUUCCACCUCGUCCGCACGCUGGUCGCCUGCAACGGCGACGAGCGCAAGUCCGACGUCGGCCAGAGCCUCGUGGCCACCCUGCUCGAGUCGUACCUGUUCCCGGCCUCGAGCCUCAUCGAGAAGAGCGCCAAGGACGACACGCCCGAGCCCGCUGUCAAGCCCAAGUGCUCUGCGGCCGAGCCGCGCACUGCCGCCUUCAGCGUCCUCGUCGAGCUGGCGCGCUGCUGCCCCACAAACCUGGAGAGGAUCGUUCGGUGGCUCGUCGACAGGCACCAUCAGCUCAAGUCCGAGCUCAUCAAGGAGUUCGAGUAUGAGCCGCUGAUUGCGGAACGCGCUGAGAGCGGCUAUGUGGGGCUCAAGAACGCCGGCGCCACCUGCUACAUGAACUCGGUGCUGCAGCAGCUGUUUAUGCAGCCGGGGCUUCAGGAGGCCGUGCUCGCCAUCGAUUCAGACAAAGUUGAGGAAGAAAGCCUGCUGUUCCAGACGCAGUCAGUAUUUGGCCACCUGCUCGAGUCCCAGAUGGAGUACCACGUGCCAGAGCAGUUCUGGCAGUGCUUCCGACUGUGGGGCGCACCGGUCAACGUGCGUGAGCAGCAGGAUGCCUUCGAGUUCUUCAACCACCUGCUGGACCAGGUGGACGAGUACCUCCUCAAGAUCGGCUGCGACCCCGUCUUCAAGCCCUUCUACGAGGGAACCUUCUCCGACCAGAAGAUAUGCCAGGGAUGCCCCCACAGGUAUGAACGUGAGGAGACCUUCCUGGCACUUAAUUUGCCUGUAAAGAGCCAGAGCCUGAAGGAGUCCCUGGACCAGUUUGUCAAGGGAGAGCUGCUCGAGGGUGACAACGCGUAUCUUUGCGAGAAGUGUGGCCAGAAGCGUAACACGGUCAAGCGGACAUGCAUCAAGAGGUUGCCCCAAGUGCUGGUCAUUCAACUGAAACGGUUCGGCUUCGACUGGGAGGCCAACCGGGCGGUCAAGUUUGACUACCACUUCAAGUUCCCAUGGUCCCUGGACAUGUCUCCGUACACCCUCCAUGGGGUCAUGGAGCAGGAGGGCCGCUCAACAGGUGGAGGAGACCCCCUGGACGAAGUGUUCAGGCGACCUCCGCCAGCAGUCUACGACCUGGCCGGCGUGGUGGUGCACAACGGUCAAGCCAGCGCUGGCCACUACUACUCGUACAUUCGUGAACGCAGGAGUGACCCCAGGUACGUGGCUCGCAAGAACACCUGGUACAAGUUCAACGACACGACGGUGGAGCAGUUUGACCUGAACGACUCAACGCUCGAGACCGAGUGCUUCGGUGGCACGUACAAGGCCAAGGUUUCAGACUCGGCAUCGUGUUAUCCCGAGACGCGGCAGCGCCACUGGAAUGCCUACCUGCUCUUCUAUGAAAAGCAGGAGGACUCGCGGACACCUCGCACGCCGCACAAGACGCCCGGCCGCUUUUCGUUCCGCAGGGACCCCAAGGACUCUACACCAGUCAAAUCAGCCGUGCGGCGCACACCCAGUGCGUCGUCGGUAGCUGGCGCUGCGCGUCAGCGCGGGGACAGCCUGAGUCAGCUGACGCGGCUGGUGGACCACGGGGAGCGGCAGGGCUGGUUCCCGUCGCACAUGCCCCCGCACAUUGGCCAGCAGGUGCGAGAGCAGAACCUGCAGUUCGCCCGCAACCGGGACGUCUACAACACGCACUACUUUGAUUUCGUGGCCUCCCUCACCUCCAUCAACCUGGACAACAUGCAUCACCCAGACUAUGAGCAGCUCAUGGUGCAGAGCCUCAACCUGGCGGUGAACUUCUUUCUCAACACCUACCUCAAGUACAAGAAGAAGGACAGCUCGGUGAUUGGCGAGUGGGUCAAGUGCAUCGAGACCGUCAUGUCACUGAGCGAGGCUGCUGCAUCGUGGCUCCUCAAGUACAUUGCCAAUGCUGGCCAAAGUGUAGUCAAGCUAUACCUUCUGGAAUGUCUCAACAAGGAAGUCAGGCACACGUUUGCCCAGAUCCUGGAGAAGGCGCUGGUCUUCUGCCACAAGCUUGAAGGGAGUCGUCUCGACCUGGAUGUGGUGGGUGCCUGCCUGAUCAACCUCCUGGACCAGGAUGUUGCCGACAACUGCUGGCACUCGUCGCAGUACUUCGGCCUCCUCAGCAACUACGCACAGCUGGGUUCGAAAGCGUGCCAGCAUCUUUUCAAUCUGGGUGCCUUUGAGAAGCUGAUGGCCUUUCUUCUGGGACCUCUUAGUGCCAACAUGGACUCAGAGGACUCCUUCACUCGGCGCUGGAGCCACACCCAAAUCCACGAGUUUGGCUACCUGCACAGCACAUUGAUCCACCUGAUUCUUGCCUGCGACCUGAGCUGCCUUCACACUUGUGAGCCUUCAGAAGAAUACCCUCAGCCAUCUGACCUCCUUCCAAUGCCAGAGGCGGUAUGCAAAGCACUGUCUGGACCAGGGGCAUGCCGGUACCUGCGAGAGGUUGUGUCAGCCUGCCGGGAGACUACAGGCUUCAUGGACACCCUUGUGCAACUGGUUGUGCAAUGCAGCUUCUGCAACGAGCCUUUCUCCAGCCUUGUGAUUCGGCUCAUUAUGACUCAGUACUCCAUGGUUCCGUCAAACGAACUUAAGAACCUUUCGCAACUUCUCUUAGAAUUGAUGAAGGUGGAGGACCCUCUGCAGUACAGCCGGAUCAAGCUGGUCAUCGACGGCUCCCGGGAGGAUAAGGCCGAGUUUGAUGGGCUGCUAGAAAUCAUCAAGUCCAACCAGAACAAUGACAGCCGCCGGUCGUACCAGGGUGUGAAGUUCCUCGUCACCAUGGCCCAUAGGUGUCAACACGCCAAGGACUACCUGCUGCAGGCCCCGCCCACGUGGCAGUGGUCCGUGAACUGGCUGAAACAGACCAUGUCGGAGUUCAACACCCAGUGGAGCAGCAACACCUCCAACGAGGACUCCAACACCAAGACCUUUCAGCGGACCAUCAGUGCACAGGACACCCUCGCGGAAGCGACGGCGCUGCUCACCGAACUGUCUUCGCCAGAGGCUGCCGAACUCGGCAUGGAGAUGGACCAAGACGACGCAGAGGACGAGGACUCGCGGUUGAAGAGGACGCGGGGCUUGGAAGACGUCUUCAACUAUGUCGAGGUCAAGCCCGAGUGAUGACCUAGUGCAGUCCUGGUUCUGCACUGGUGCGACACCGUAAAGGAAGGAUACGUCGCCGUGCCCAGUGCCAUCCCCCUUCCCCUGAGAGUAGGGUGGAAUUGGGUCCCUACACCACCCAGGCCAACCAAGCCCGGAGACGCAUGCAGCAGCGGCGGCAGCAUUCCUACAAGCUUCGGCCAGUGUGUUGCGUUGCCUUAUGCAAGGACUAGCCACCAGCAAAGUUUUGGGAGUAUAGUACCUGUCUACAAGAACGGUGCGACCGAGUUUUGAGAGUUGCAUGCGUGUGUGUGGCAGUGCAUAUCAAGUAGGGCAAUUUUGUGCCUAGUUAUUUCGGCAGGUCGACCCCGCCCCCUGAACUCUCUCCCGUGGAGUUGUCUUUGAGGCCGCGGUGUUUCUGCUAUGGUGGGUCACUCUCUAGCGGCUCAAGUGUCGCAUGCGACAAUAUCCAUGCGCAUGAAACUGCAAGUUUGCGGGCUACCGAAAUGAAGCUUCGUGUGUGUGUGUGUCAUCUGUCGCUUAUAUGAUUCUAUGUGUGGACGGUGAUGUUGUUUGAUAAUGCCCUUUUUUGUUUUUGUUUUUGCCAUUUGACAUUGCCAUUAGUGAGAUUCUGUAACAUUUGAAGUGACGCUGCUGUUGGAAGUGCAGUCCCUUGUGUGACCAGUAUGUUCCGGCUCUGGGCAUAUUCAAUAUGCCAGGUAUACCCAGUGCCCGUCAUGCUUCGACACUCGGCAUAUUCCGGGUUGCUUAGAGGCGAUUGUUGGUCGAUGUGUGUAUCGCGCAACGGCAGGACCGAGUUGCUUUGUGGUUUCAGCCAUUGGUGGGAUUUGGGCCUGUGUUGGCACGCCUGUACUAGUAAUGUUGUAAUCAAGACUGGCCGCUGUUGCCCUCAUGUUGCCUGCACACCCAAACACUGGGCACACGUCAAUCGUGUCUGUAAGCGUGAUUGUUUGUCGACGUGCACACUGUUAACUCCGAGGCUGAGGGGCUCUAUUUAGGGGCACGCAGAUCCCCGAAUAUACAAAGUAAAAAAAGAACCCCUUUGUUUUUUGCCGGUAAAUGGAUGCGCAUGAAAAAUGGGAAGUUUUUUCUGCUCUUCUAUUUUGUUACGUUUCAAUUGUGUUUAUAUACAUUUGUUCGGCAUGACAUCUGUGGAAAAUAUGGUAGCAUGCAACAACUGUACACUUGCUUUAUGACUGCGCAAGCAUAUAGGAUAUAUUAGAUUAAGACACAGUAUCUAUUGCCUUGGCUUCUGAUUUUGUUCCUCCAUUUCGGUACAGUCGACUCACAAUCAUUUAAGCUAGGAGGAUUUCCAAUUUGUAGUGAAUUCAGCCAGACGUGAAAAUCUUGUUUGAGCCACUGGGAUUUUAGUGCGCUCUGAGGUUUCCCAGCUCAGACAAGGUUUUCAGUCAAAUCAGACUUCUGGCUCCGCGCGCCAUUGCAAGCAUAUUUUUCACAAGAUAAUCAAAUUGCUGGGCUCUCAUCAGGGAACCUCUUAGCGCCACCUCGUGACAGUGUUGUCAACUGCUAAUUAGCAAACUUUCUCUGGUGUCCGCGUAUGUUCAGUUUUACUUGCAACUUGACUUUAGAAAGCAUAGGAAGGGUUUCCUCGUAGACGUCCUUUUGUGCACGAUGUCAUGGUAGUUUUAUCUCGGAACUACCAAUGACUCAAACUGCCAAUGGUGCAAGCGGAAACGUCAUGUCCAAAGCUUGAGCUAAUGCGAGUCGGCUGUACUGAUUGACGAGGAUUUAUGAACGAAAGGGCACUGUGAAUGAUUGACAGGUGUGCCAGUGUGCUUGUUUUAUUUAAGGAUUCUAUCAGCUCGUGAGGACCGUGUUCUGAUGUGGAAAUGUUGCUCAGGUUUUCGGGGCUUUUUCUUUUCAUUGCCGUUGUUGUUCAGAGCCUGGUUGAUUAUUGACAAGCCCAUCGACUUAUAUAUCGGUCCACGUGUGUGAUGAAAUUAGCGGCAUACAGGAGAUUUUUGCCGGACUGUGCAGAAACAGCCGUUUGUUGAGUAUCGGGAAAGCGUAUACGUCACUCCGGUCGUGGAGUGGUCACUCGUUACGAUGGAGCACGCACGUCCCCACCAAAGUUCCUGUUUGUAACCGAGCUCUUCGUUGUCACCAUUUUCUCGGCUCUCUUCGUUUUUCUUUUUUUUGCCCUUGAGAGCUGCCCCCCCUACCUUGGAAGGUUUUUCAUUCUUCACUCCAGUAUCGCUGCGUUUAACAGUGCUACAGGCUCACAAACCAGAUCCUGCUGUUCACACUUCCUCUGCUUACAUCGACUUCAGGUCGGUUAGUCAAACGUGCACGUACACUACGAAAACCAGUAUUGCGAUGGACACAUACUUUGCACUGGCGAGUGCUAACCACCCUGGCAACUUGUGCCAAAGUUGGAAAGUGGUACCGCAUCAUAAAAGCCAAUGAAACGAAGUUUAACUUUGCCUAAUUUGUUUAUAGAUAAGUAAUGUAUACACCACUGAAGCAAUUAUGUCAGUGUUGCAGGGCUGGACAGCAUCUAAUUUUCUCGUCAACGGCCUUUAACUACCACAUCGGCAGAUUGCCUUUGAGAUUGGUGGCAUUUCACGGGCGCUUCCUGAUCUCGAAGGUCAUGCCAAAUAGCAAUAGCAGUCUUCUUUUUUUUUUGUUUAUUUUUUUGGUUAGCUUUUCAUGGUGCAUUUGCACAGAUUUCAAGUUAAAAAUUUUGCACAAAGGAACUAUAGGCUGUUUACAGUAUCCAGGAUUUUGUCUUAAUUGACCAUUUAAGUACAAGACAACUAAUUGCUGUGUGGGUGCCAGAACGAUGUGGUACAAAAAUUUUCUUCUGCAGUAGUUGUUUGAACACAAAUGAAGUGACGCCCUCAAUACUGCACCGACUCUGUACGCAAGUAUUAAAACGGCCCCGAUGUAUCUUUCGUUGACGCCAUGUUUGUUUUAUUUUCUAUUCCUCAUGGUCUCUCCUCUCUCAACAUUACAAGCAUGCCAAACGGAAACGUGAACAUGUCAUCUCAGUGUUUUAAGACACAGACACGACAGUAACGCGUUUUUACCUUCUCCUUCGUGGUCGCACUUUUACAUGUCCUUCGCUCUCUUUUUUUUUUACGUGCAAAGCAUACAUUCUUGCCUUCAAUCUUCACUGACGCAAAGGGCCUUCAAAUUGCACGAUGCCAAUGAGAGAUCAGUACGUGACUGGCAACACUGGAACGGCAUGCACGAAGGGGGCUCUGCUGCUGGAACAACAGUGGUGCUAAAGCCACGCUGUACUGCCACGUUUUGAUAAAUACACUGCAUUUUUGUGAAUGAGUGGGUGUGUGCAAAUGAUGAAGAGCAGAUGAACAUGUUGACGCGUCACAGUUAUUGCUGUUCUUCACCAAACAUUCUUUGCAAAGGAACUUAUCGGAGAACUCUGCCAUGUUCAUUGGUCUUGCCUUUUGAGUGUGAGUUACGUCAGUAGAGAAUGUUGUGAUCCUUUUUGCCUGCACCAAAUGUAAUGGCAGUGCCGCUGCAGUUUUGUGAUUUUCUUCACAAUCUUGCUUGUAGUGAGUAACUGCAUUUGACUAAGCUGUGUAAUGUGCAUACAGAAAUGUUUUUUCUGUGCAGUACAAUGUGCUGACAGGGAUCCUUGCAUUCCCACUUUUCUGGGUAGUGUAUUUUGAUGUCUGUUUGUUCACGAUUUACAGGCUAACUUAGGAGACGCUGCACUUUGCAUUUUUGUUAUUUGGUGCAGCGUCGCGACAUUUGUACACUUUCGCAGCUGUCACGAGGAGUAGACGUCAUGCAAAACAAACUUGCAGUGCCGUAGAGAUUGAUGCCGUCAUUGGUAGACAGAAAGUGAGUGCUGAAAUCAUUAAACAACUGUAGGAAUCACUAGCAGUUAUCGUAAAUGUGAAUUUGUCAGCAGUUUGGCUUAGAUUGUUUUAGAAAGUGCAUUUUUAAAAAUCCCGACUAUUUUGAGCAUCAUGAUUUUCUUAUUGUUGCAAUAGCAAUGUUGCAAUAGAACAAGCAUACUGGAAGAAAAUGUACCAUUUCAUAUCAACACAUUUGCUACGAAAUAUGAGCCCUGAGAAAGUUCCUAUGACCAUUCAUCCAAAAGCAUAACGACGAAGUUCAGAGCAAAUCCAUGUAUACUUCUCGUCAUUCCUAUGCUGGCUGAACAAACAUACCUUGUAGUACUGCGCUGCAUUGUAUCAGACGCUGCAUUUGAAUAGUAGUGCUAGAUAAGAUUCUAAGUAUGAAAUUCUAUGCACAGGUCUUGUGUUGCAGGUUCUCUAUGUGUACCACUGCACCCGUGUGAACUAGUUAACAUUGUGCAUGGCGAAUCGAACAGUGUGCAUGUCUUAACAUAUGUACCUGAUUAACACAUUUGGUAAUAUGUAUAAAGGCUAAAAAAAGGCUCAACGACAUCAGGGGCAGUAGAUCAUGGUUGUGGAAAACGUCCAAAGACUGCAUUCGUGCUGUGGCGCGUUUAUUAUGCACUGGCGAUGAGAAGGGUGCAGUUGAUCGGUGAUAAUCAUUUUGGCAAAAUGACGUUUUGAAUCCAUGUGACCUAAGCCUGUGACGUAAGGCUUUUUUUAUGAAAAACACACAACUCGUUAAGUAUGCAUUUCAUUGCUGCAAGCACUUGUGGCUCAGUGUAGUGUUAACACCGACUUCGUUGACUUUAGACAACGAAUAAAAUUUAGCUUUUUUAGAUUUGUAGGAGGUGUCAUUUAAAACGCUUGCGCAAUUAUCAAACUCACAGAAGAGGUUUAUGUCCAGAGUAUUGGGCCACCGUACAACACCCUGUUUCGAUGGCCCAGAAAUGUGAAAGGUAUCACGUUCCUUGCUGCGCUACAUCUUUGUGACAAGAAGAUAUCAAGGUUGAUGCAGGUUCUUUAGCUGUGUCAUGGAUUGUGCAUUUUAAUCAUGAUGCAGCUUGACACAAAGUACAGUCUCCUGCUUAUUUAAGCGAGACGGUCUCUUGUACGUUGUCGCAAGUUCUGAUCAGUGUACUCUGAACUUGCAGUGAAGUAGUUUUGAAGUUCCAUUUCAAAACCCAGUCAUGCAUUGCUUUGUUGUCCCGGACAUCUCACUUCUUUCCCACGGCAUUCCGUUCAAAAACUUGAUAUGCAUCGCCCUGUUGUCGUGCGCGUUUUGGUGAUUGUUCGCUGUCGUUUCAGAGUGUGAAGUGUGCGUUAAUGUAGAUAGAAAUGCAAUUUGCUCCACUGACCUUUAACUGCAGCUUAUUGAACACAUCAUCUACACUGUGCUUCCUCCCGGGCGUCCAUAUUUUCAGACAAACUUGUUCAGCUCUGCACGAGGCACUCUUGUUGCGACAAGGAGCUCGUGAAGGCUUAAGAGAGGCCUAUUGGUUGUCUGGAGACGAGUUUAGAAUGUUGAACAAACAGUUUAGCGUUGCCUUUACUACGGUGCGUGUGUUCCAGAUCGUGUGACCACACUGGUGCUGCUGUGCAUCGUUAGAACAACCGCGCAAUCAUGCAACUUUCUUUAGCAGCUCCAGCUACCCGAACAUCGACUAUCGUGUAACUUCGAGUGCCAAAUGUGCCUUGUCGUUCCAGCGUCACUUAAUGUACAGCUAAUUCGUACAAUCUUUUUCUGGACCGUGCAAAAGAUAUAGUGCUCUACACGUCUGUUGGCUGGCCACUGAAGAGAGAUUUGACUGUUUCUUCAAAACAGUGUUUGUGUCUCUCGAAAGAAGCUUAAGUGAAUGCGAUAGUCUAUAUAGACUGCCAUGGAAUGUCUCUCAUUUAGUGCUUUCUUUUCUCGAGUUAUAGUUGUUUCGAUGUUGACCGGCUGAGCAGCUUGUGAUCUAUAGAGAGUUUCUGCUUUCAGAGUAUGCGGGCAUGCUUUCUUUCUUGUGAGAAACCGGAUGUGAAAGUGGUGACGACGCUCAAUUGAAUAAAUGAUGUACAUACAUUGGCACAA